UGUUGUGAUAAACUUAUUAAAUAGGUUAGAAUGAGACUGAAAAAAUACACCACGUAAGAGAUAUGAUACAAUCAGACAGCCUAUAAAAUGCAACAGGGCGACCUUGUGUGGUUUGACUCUGGCCUGGGCUUCCUCUCGCCCGGUCAGGUUAUGCAAGUAAAGCGCAACCCAUAUGUAGUGUCCAUACUCAACGAAGACACCAAUGAGCGGGUGCAGUUGCCGGCGCGCACAGUCUUGCCUGUGAGGGAGAGACUCCCUGAGCCCAAUGGAGCAGAUGACAUGGUCCACCUGAAGGACCUCCACUCCGGAUCCAUCCUGCAGAACGUCAUGCUACGAUUUGAAAAUGCACAGAUUUAUACAUACAUAGGCAGUAUCCUUUUGUCAGUCAAUCCCUACAGACUCAUCAAAGACAUGUACGGCAACAGAGCUAUUGAGAGAUACAGAGACAAAGUACUCGGAGACCAAGCACCGCAUUUAUAUGCAAUCGCCAAUGAAGCAUACGUCAAUGUGUGUACCAAGAAUGAAGACCAAGUAAUUGUUGUCAGCGGCGAAAGUGGAGCAGGAAAAACAGAGAGCACUAAACUUAUUUUGCAAUAUCUCACAAGUGUCUCAUCUCAGAGGAAACUAUCCAAAGGAAAACUCAUCUCAGAUCAGUUGCUUGAAAGCAGUCCCUUGCUGGAGAGUUUUGGAAAUGCGAAGACGUUGAGAAACGACAACUCUUCGCGAUUCGGAAAAUUCAUCGAAGUGAAGGUUGCCGACAAGUUAAUUGUGGGCGCGCAAGUAAAGGAGUACUUGCUGGAGAAGUCGAGGAUAGUGUACCAGGCAGGUAAUGAGAGGAACUACCACGUGUUCUAUGAGAUGCUGAGUGGGAUGAGUGAACAACAGAAGUCCAAAUACGGACUGUCCACUCCAAACUACUUCCAUUAUCUCAACCAGGCUGGUGGCGAUUUGAGCUGUGUGAGCAAGAAUGACUUCGAGGACUUUCAGCGACUCAUCUCAGCCAUGGACGUGCUCUCCAUCUCCCAGACGGAACAAGACGGUAUCUUCUCCAUCCUGGCCGCUAUUCUCCAUCUGGGCAAUGUGCAGUUUGUCACUCAGGGGGAAGACGGGGACGAUGCGAAAGUGAAGGAGGACACAUGUGUUCACGCGGUGUCGUCCUUGUUGAAGGUCAAGCCGAGUGAUUUGGUGGAUGACAUCACGUACAGAGUGACGGAAACCCGGGAUGAGAAAAUUUUCACCGCCUUGAAGAUAGAAGAGGCGAUUGAAGCGAGAGACGGAAUCGCAAAGGCCCUGUACGCCCAUCUAUUCAAAUGGCUGGUACAGAAAGUGAACAAAACGAUAGGCAAGACACUGAAUGCUCCAGCAAUUAAUCUCCUGGACAUCUUUGGGUUUGAAGUGGUUCCCAAGAACAGUUUCGAACAGUUGUGCAUAAAUUAUGCCAAUGAGUCCCUCCAGCAAGUGUUCAUUCGCAGUGUGUUCAAAACUGAGCAGAUGGAGUACCAGCGAGAGCGCAUUGAGUGGCACAGUUUGGACUACAAGGAUAACAUUGUCACAAUAGAGCUCAUGAGCAAGAAGCCAACUGGAUUAUUGCAUAUAUUGGAUGACCAAAGCAACUUCCCUCAGGCGAGUGACAGUUCCUUUUUGGAGAAGGCGAGUCAGGUGCACUCGGAGAGUGAGGCGUUCCAGGUGGACAGACUGAGACAGCUGCAGUUCACAGUGAGACACUACGCAGGUCCAGUAAGCUACUCCGCCUCCGGACUCCUGGAGAAGAACAAGGACAGACUGCGCUUCGAGACACUCUGCCUGCUGGCCGACAGCUCUCAUCCCUUGGUGAGUGAAAUAUUUGCUGAGCUGCACACCUUCGAGCUAGACCGCACAAUCGGCCAUCGGUCGGGUGGUGACAUUGCUAAGUUAGUGGCAUCGGGAAAAGUGACGAAAACUCAAGCGACCACCAGGUCCCAAGGAGCACUGAGCAAAAGAAAGGCGCCAACGGUGGCUGCAAAAUUCCAGACUUCCCUCAGCAAUCUGAUCACAGUAAUCGGACACUGCAAUCCCUUCUUUGUCCGCUGCAUCAAACCCAACAACACAAAGAGUCACAAAGAGUUCGAUAGACAGUUAGUAGUUGCACAGCUCAACUACUUGGGAAUCCUGGAAACAAUCAAGAUCCGAAAACUAGGAUACCCUAUCCGCAUGUACUUCGCCGCCUUCAUCAACCGGUACAGAUGUCUGAUGCUGGAACUCUAUGGGUCCAGGAACGUCGCCCGUACUAUGCAAGCGAGGGAAAUAUGUGAACUAUAUCUAAAAGGACUGCAUCCAAAAUACAAUCAGCAGUUUCAACUGGGUCUUACCAAGGUGUUUAUGCGCGAAGAUCUUGAGCGAUUCCUGGAAGUGGAGCGCAAUCGGGUCACUUGGGCAGCUGCUGCCAGAAUCCAGUCAUGGGCCAGAGGUGUGGCUCUGAGAAAGAAGUUUCUGCUGAAACGACAGUCGGCUAUUGUGAUUCAGAAAUACUUCCGACAAUACUCUGCCAAGCAGAAAUAUUUGCGCUAUAAGUGGGCAGUGACUAGACUGCAGGCCUACAGGCGAGGCAAGCAAACGAGACAGCACUACUUGACACUUAGGAGCAGACACAGGACCAAGACUCAGCAGGAUGCGAUCAGGGCUCUGGAGGCGUCCAUACAGCAGUCCAACGACGUGUACUUGGCCAGAAUGGGGGCCACGAGGCAGACCAUGACUUAUGUGGUGCCCGAGGACCUGGCGGAGAUCCUGAGUGGUGAUCUGAGCUGGGCUAAUGUAGAGGACGACGCAGUGGCUAGGAUAGAACACAAAAAUGUGGCUCUCAAACUUCUGAAUCUGGAAUUGCCUGACAGAAUAGACAGCUACUCCCUCUCCAAGUACACCAACAUCAACCUCAGGGGCGACCUCAUUUGGGGCGAGUGUCGUGAAUGGCUUCAAAUGCCGUACCACGUGCGAAUCCACGAAUCUUACUUCCCAUUGGUAGAAAUGCUGAACAAAACUUUACUUUACUGUCUGUACGAAGAGAGUCUGAGUUGGGAACACAUGAAAGUUGUCUGUGCUUAUAUUAUAAAGAUUGUCCAAAGCGAACCUGUGUUGAGAGACGAAGCAUAUAUCCAGUUGUGCAGUCAAACGUGGAGACUGAAAAAUAACAUGCACCAGAAGCGAGCCUGGAUUAUAAUGUGUGCAUUUUUGGACACUUUCCCUCCGAGCCCGCAGUUUUCAAACUACCUCCUGAAAUACGUAUCGGACUGGGCGUUCAAUGGGUACAAGUCAAUUUGUCAGCAGAAGUUACUGAAGUGUAGUCUUGCAACCAAUCACGUGAUCAUGAGACGGGGUCCUGUUACGUGGCUGGAAUGGCUAGCAAAUGAUAGACUACUCGGAACGUCUAUCGAACUCUCACUUCUGGACUCUUUGAGUCACCUGACCCAAAUUGACUCGUGGGAUACUUGUGAAGAAGUAGUUCUGCAUUUGAUGCACUAUCUGAAUUUACCAGAUGAGAAUUGUAGUGGAUGGACGUUGUCGAUGCUGAAACCACAGGUGUCGCAAUAUUCGAUGGGCAACGCUGAACCGGACUACGCCAUCGAGGAGCUGCCCGGAUACUCAUUUGUGUUUGACUCUAUUGCAGAAACGGAGUACCUGUCGUUUUUUAUGCAGUCGAGUGGUGAAGAAAACCAUGUCACGAAUACGCCUCAGCCAGCUAGUGUAAACAGAAUGAACUCUCACUACACGAAUGAUGACUAUCCUCAGCCAGACUACAGCAUGUCCUCCCAUCACGACUUCCUUAUCAGAGGGGUCAAGGACGAAUGUGAAAAAGUAGUAUCCCAACAUGAACAAAAUGACUCACAGCCAAGUCAGCAACAACUAGUAAAUCGACUAAUGAAAGCGAUCAAGGGCGAGGAGACGAACUACAAGUCAGUGGAACCAACGGCUGAGCUGAAUGGGGAUGUGAAUGGAUCCAGUGACAAACAGAAGAAACCGGCUCCCGUGGCUCCUGCAUCGCAUGCAGUGUCUCAGAGCAUCAAAGUCAUUUCAAAUGCCCAUCAAUCAGGAGCAUAUAAAUGGGAUGCCUCUGAUUUUGGGAAACCCCGAGAGAUGACUGCGAAAGAAAUGAAGAACUCUGUCAAACUUCUGAAGCAGAACAAAGCAGGGCAUGUUUUGAAAGUAGCAGAGGACUUCAAAAGUCAAGGUAUUUUCCUGGCGGGACGAGGGUUGGGCGACCAUCUGGACAAGAAGCAAAUGUCGGUCUCCCAAAGAAACUCAGCGGAGAAGUCUAGUGGGGGAGACCAGGGAUCCAGCAGACCAAGAGCAGGAGUCGCUCUCUCGGGGGACUCUGGAAGUGACGGUAGCAUGAAUGGAUCUCUGGGGGAGAAAGCAUUGGCAGUCCAGAGAAUGAUGGAGCUGAGAGUGAAGAGUGUGCCUGACGUGAAAGAUGCAAGGGCCAAUCUGUUAAAUGAAAUGAAGCGGAAAAAUCGAGCCCGGUCGGAAGUGUAUCUCGGGAGUGAAAACGACGGAGAAGAUGAACCUGACAACCUAUUCGCAGACACAGAAACUGGCUUCUCAAUUCCAGAACCACCUGCUCAAUUUGGGGCGAAGACUACGACAAAUGUUUCCAAGAAUUAUGACACUUCAGUCGGGCAGCCAAGAGUUGCACCUCCUGUUGCAUUUUCAGCAAGCACGAAGACAAUUACAGAAAACAGGAAAAGCCUGUUCAACAAAGAUUUGGCUGUUCAAGAAGACGAAAAAACACAUCAAGAAGCGCUUAGAUUGCUGAAGCGGAAUUCAGAGUUGAAACAAGAGCGUGACAACGAAAAUAAGAAACCAGUAAGAAGAGAAUCCUCGAAGCGACCUGCUCUGAACAGUCUGGUGGCAUCGUCUAAAAACAGACAUCUGUCAACCGUAUACGAUGGAGAAGCGGAACAUUCUGUACAUAUGACGCCUUCCGAAGCCGUCAAAUAUGAAAUGGAACAAGGGGUACCACCCUUGGUUGCAAACGGAGCCAGGAACUCAAUCUCCGAAGUGAGGUCAACGACAGUCUCAGAUGCGCAGAUUCAGAAGCCGAAGAACAGCAGUGUUGCGGCGCAACGAGAAAUGACGUCAUCAUCGGCUCUCAGUUCUCGGAAAAUGAGUCAGACUACAAAUGUGUCGUCAUCAACCAAUCCGACGUCCAUCACACAGGGGAAAGUGAGCUCGGCGGUGAAGCGACUGGACUCCGUGCUGAAUAACCAGAAGCCUGUUGUGAUGAAGCCAGAGGUAUACGAGUUCAGAACGUCCAAAGUGGAGAAUUACAAGGAAAGCGUGGCGCUGACUGUCAGAAAAUUUGUCAUUGAUGAUAUGGGAAACACAGUGUUGCUGCGCACGAAGAAAACGCCUUUCCUCAGAUAUGAUCAAGUGCCUUGGAAGUUUUUCGUCAGAAAAGAGAUGUUUUCUCCUACCGAGAAAGUGGAACAUCCGAGGCUGAAAACCCUUCUGUUCCACCAAAUUGUAUCCGACGUGUUCUCAACUGGAUCCCGCAAAUUGAACGAAACAGAACAGUCCGAAAUGAUCAAAUACCUAACAGACAACAACGUCCGAAACUUCAAUGCCGCAAACUACAUUCCAGACGAAGUGAAAGACCACGUGAUUCAAUCUGCGAAAAGCUGGAAGUUGUAUUUUACUAGAAUUUAUCCAGUUCUUGUACAUAGAGAUAGCAUCAGGUCUAAAAGCAAAUAUCUGAACUUCACCCAUAUUGCCACAUCACACAGUGGAUUGAAACUGUUGUCCAAUGAAAAUGCAGAGGGAGAGUUCAAAAUAGUGAUGGAGGUUUACUACCCCACUAUAAAAGUUGUGCAGUUUGAGCAGAAGAUGAAAAAAUUGGAACUAAGGGUUCAAAUCGGCAAACAACAGAUGCAUGAGCCUAUUGUUGUGUUCACAGAACAAGGCUACUUCUUGAUGCGACUCAUUCAGAAGUACCGCAGUGAACUGCAAAACACCACUAAAGCACUGGUCAAAGCAGUCGACCAUCACCACACGACAGAAAUUGGCGACUUGCAAUUCCGAAAGGGUGACGUCAUCAGAGUCCUGGAUGAGCAGCCUCUGGAACCAGCACUCCUGGGAGAAGUGAACGGAGUUGUCGGCCAAGUGUCCAAGUCUAAAAUUAAGACAUAUCACGUGAUUCAGGAGACCACAGAUGAUUACCUCAAUGAGUCUGUGAUUACGACUGAAAGGGCGAUGGCUCUACAAGCCGAUUCUGAUCACUCGGUUGUGAUGUCGGACCAGGAUGUUGCUUCGAUGGAUAGUCAAAGCUCUGUGAUCUCAUGGGAUCUGAUGUCGCAAUCUUCUGUCACUGAUCCGUCGCUGCCCGUGAUGAAGGGAUCGAUGCUGGAGUAUGCGAUGAACCACUUCCGACCUCCAAAGGACUCAUCGGCAAAAGUGCGCCCUGCUCUGGCACAGGACCACGUGAUGCGUCUGCGAAAGAGACUGCACCAUACUCGGGAGCCAAUCAAGAAGUCCUUGACUGACUUAAAGGCAGUGAGUGACAACUUGUACGCCGUGAAAGUGUUCCGAGAACUGCUGAGAUACGCGGGAGAUAUAAAUCUCAAGCAGAAGGGAGAGUUCAAAAUUGUCUACGAAAUUCUCAAGAUAUCAAAGUUAUCGGUGCAAUUGUCUGAUGAAAUCUACUGUCAGAUUAUCAAGCAAGUUACGAGAGCCGACUAUGACAGAGGGAGAGACUCUGGAUAUUUCAAGUACUGGCGCAUAUUUGCUCUCUUGGCCUCUUACUCGCAGUGUUCUACAACCCUGAAACGAUAUUUAUGGCGAUUCCUCAACAACUCCGCGUCCAGACAUCCACCUAACAUGCGAAACCUGGUCCUCCAGAACCUUGCCAAAACGUUCAAGUACGGAGGUAGAACGGAACUUCCAGGGGUGAGCGAAAUGCGAGCCUUCUGUGAUUACCGAUCGAGUAAGAGACAGUGUUUUAUUUUACCCGGAGGUGUGGUGAAGACUGUGAAAGUGUUCACGGCAACAUUAAUCUCUGAGGCUGUUUCAAACUUGGCUCUUCAGAUCGGAAUUCAUGACCCUGAAGUGGCUCAGCAGUUUGGAGUUGUUCUAAUGCAGAAAGCAAGAUCAGGUGAGUCGUAUGGGCUGCCAUUGCAAGAGAACAGCUACCUGAUGGAUAUCCUCACUAGUGUUGAGAGUGAGAACAAAGAGUGUGACCUCAGAUUCCACAGACUGUUCUGGACUGUGCCCAUCAACAGGUUCCCACCCCCAGCCAUCAACGCUGUAUUCGCUCAGACGAUCAUUGCGUACAAAGAGGGAGACCUGAUCACGGCCAACCGGGACAGACCUCUUUCGGAGGAGAAGUUCAACCUCAUUUGCAAACUGGUGGCCAUCGAUGUCAAGCUGUCUGCCCCUGAUUUGGAAAUCAAGCAAAUCGAACCGAGAAUCGUGUACAACUUUGUACCCGAAUUUCUGCAGCCCUUCUGGAAUAAUGGAAGCUUCCACCCUAAGCAGUGGGCUAAUGAAGUGCAGAAGAAUCUGACAGAGUUGCUGAGGUUUGCACCUGACCAGGCCAAGCAGCAUUUUGUCGAACUGGUGUCUAACCUGGCGUUGUUUGGAGCUGCAAUCUACCCGACUAUCGCGACUGAGAAUAAUCGAGUUGCAUUUGUUGCGGUCACAAAAGCCGGCAUCAGUUGUCUCAACAAAUCCAAGGGCAUUCCUGUGAAUUUCAUUGGGAUGGAGAAUAUCCUGGACGUGCAGCCGAUCAAAGACAAGUACAAGCAGUGCCUGAUUGUCAAGCACGGCAACUUCAUGCACCCAUCCACUGACCGCAUCAACUGCUCAUACGUUCACGAGGUUGCCAACUUUGUGCUUGGAUAUCGUCACAGAUUGGGACUAACAAUCAAUAAUUAAUUCGAAGAGAAAAGAAAUAGCGGAAUACCACUACUGUAUUUCAGCAACUAAUAAGCAGCAAAUAGUUUUCAAAGAUAAUCAGAUGCUUCCUUACAUGUGGGCGUAGUUAGAUCACUAUCUGUAAAUAAGUACACAGAUCACGCUAGCUUUAUAGUUUUGCAGUUUCUAUUCUAUACAAAUUUGUAAUCUAUGAUCAGCAAACAUAUCACUUUAUGUUGUAGAAUUGUCUAAUUGUAAAUAUUUGUAAAUUUGAUCUAAAUGUUUGAAAUCAUAAAUAAGAUUGAAUUCAUCCUUUUACAAUUGAA